AUGGGCCCAGGUUUCUCGCUCCUGGGGAUGGUUGUCGGGGUUCUGUCCAUUCUCUACUACGCAAAACAGACUCAAAGAAUGCCGGGUCUGAAAUUUGACACAGAGUUCUGGGCGGUUGCCGGUCCGCUGAUUGCCAUCCGACCGCCAAAAGGACCUACCAAUGCGUUGGAGCUCCGAGCCAGCGUCAACGCGGGUCUCUCGGCUAUCCUCAAAGAUGCGCUGCCGGAGGGUAUAAUAGAGACCAAGCACGAGGUCAAGUCAUUCGACGGCGAAUCAAUCGCGCUCCACCAAUUCACGUCAAAAUCAAACGAAACUACAAGCAAGCAGCCAGCUUUCAUAUACGUACAUGGAGGAGGGAUUGUUGCGGGGAGUGUCGACCCAUACAGCCGGCCCCUCGCUGCGAAGGCCGCUCUGGAAUCCGGGGUCCAUAUGUUCGCUAUCGAAUACCGUCUAGCGCCCGAGUUUCCAUAUCCGACGCCCGCCGAGGAUUGUUACGCCGCGUUAAAGUGGCUGAACGAGCAUGCAGGCGACUUGAAUAUCGAUGCGUCUCGCAUAGGCUUUUACGCGUUGAGCGCCGGCGGUGGCAUAGCAGUAGGCGCAUCGAUGCUGGCAAGGGAUCGAGGCUUGUCGCCGCCAUUGGCCAAGCAGAUCCUCAUAUAUCCAAUGCUAGACGACAGAACUAGGGUUGAAGCAGACAAUCCUCUUUCAAAAUUCCUCACCUGGACGGAUAAGUCGAAUCAGAUUGGCUGGAACGCGUACCUCGAAGGCAGGGCCGGAGGAUCGAAUGUACCUCUGUAUGCGGCACCAGGGCGAGCGACUGACGUUGUGAAUCUUCCUUACACAUACAUCGACGUUGGCGGAGUUGAUUUGUUUUGCGCUGAGGCAGUAGCCUUUGCAAGUAAGCUUGCAGCCGCAAAUGUGCAGAUGGAGCUACAUGUUUACCCUGGGCUCCCUCACAUCUUCGAUCUCUUUGCCCCUACGAUAGGGCUUACGCAACUUGCUAGACAAAACAGACUCAAGGCGGUUAAAAGUCUUUGA